CAUCUUCCUGGACCCGGGCGGGGCAGUGGGUUGUGCGGCGCCGCUCGGGAAGGAAUCCGGCCUGCAACCCGGACUCAGGGUUUCCUUCAGAGGUGCGGGCACAGGUGGGCAGGGACGGGAGGAGGAAAAGCGGGGGCGGCAACCUGAAGAAGACCCGGUGGUACCAGGCAGCCCUCAGCACGCUUCCGGCUCCUUCCUACUGGCACACUGCCUCAAUCUGAAGAGAAGCCCAAGUUGUUUUUAUUUUUCUGUAAAAAGAGGCCUUUCCUAGGGGCCCAGGACUGCUGUAAGGACAAUGGACUCCGGGGCUCGCCCAGUUGGUAGCAGCUGUAGCAGCCCUGCAGCGCUGUCACGGGAAUACAAACUAGUGAUGCUGGGUGCUGGUGGCGUCGGGAAGAGCGCCAUGACAAUGCAGUUCAUCAGCCACCGAUUCCCAGAAGAUCAUGACCCCACCAUUGAGGAUGCAUACAAGAUCCGGAUCCGCAUCGACGAUGAGCCUGCCAACCUGGACAUUCUGGAUACAGCCGGGCAGGCAGAGUUUACAGCCAUGCGGGAUCAGUAUAUGAGGGCAGGAGAAGGAUUUAUCAUCUGUUACUCGAUCACGGAUCGCCGAAGUUUUCAUGAAGUUCGGGAGUUUAAACAGCUGAUUUACCGUGUCAGACGCACUGACGACACACCAGUGGUUCUCGUGGGAAACAAAUCGGACCUGAAGCAGCUGCGGCAGGUCUCCAAGGAAGAGGGGUUAUCUCUGGCGCGGGAAUUCAGCUGUCCGUUUUUUGAGACCUCUGCUGCGUAUCGUUACUAUAUCGAUGACGUUUUCCAUGCUCUUGUUCGCGAGAUUCGUAAGAAAGAAAAGGAAUUAGUAUUGUCCAUGGAGAAAAAGUCUAAACCCAAAAGCAGUGUGUGGAGGAGGCUGAAGUCGCCGUUCAGGAAGAAGAAAGACUCGGUAACCUGAGGGAAGUGUGAUGUCCCUGCUGUGAACUGCGGUGCUGCCCGACAGCCCAGUACCUGCAAUAACGGGCACACUGUCCGCUCUCUUUCCCGCUACCCUAAAUGCCACUGGCGAGGGGGCCAUGGCCACUGGGCGUUUUCAGUGACUCUGACUUUUUAGCCCUCAGAGCACUGCCCACUCCUUGAUUGUCACAGGGGAAUUUGAUCUGCCAUUGUUUUGGUUAUGUUGCUGAUGUAAAUUAAUUUGUGUAAAUUGUUUAUACCCAGGAGAAUAUGUAUACCGUGUGCACUUGACUAAGUUUACAAAAGGAACUUUGCUGUCUACCCCCACCAUCCUUCAACUUGAGCUUCCUGGUACUGUCUCACAGAAGGACCUCUCUACCUUGUUUUUCCACACUGUGUAUCUUGGAGACAGAACAAAAUGUUGCAUAGGGAAACUAACGAUAAAGAGAUUGGUGCUAAAGGUGA